UUUUUUAGUAUAUAUAUACGGGUUUUGUCGAGCUGAGCUGCAGUUUAUUUUUUAUUAGCUCCCAAUACGGACGGCUUAGUUCUAAAAGUUCUAAAAAUCAAGUGGACAAAUAACAGUGAACUUUUGGUACUUUUGGUGUUGGCCUUAAGUUAGUAGCACUACGACAUUAGUUUUUAUAUUUUGGAUCAGAGCCCUUAGUAUUUGAAUUCGCAAUGAACCCCGAAAAGAAAGAAUCUUCUACUGAGAAUCUCCUAAUCAGUUCCGAUUUAGAAAAGAAAAAGGAGAGUGGAGCAAGCGAUCAAGACGAGAGCGUAGAGCUCGAGAUUAACCUUUUAAAACGCAAACUUAAGAAUGUGGAGGAAGAACUGCGAGUGAAAAAUAAUCGAAUCGCCGAACUAGAAUCCCUAGUGAAACUGAAAGAAGAAAAUGGCAUUCAAAUUGUUAAGCUACCUGGAAUCGAAGAUUUCGAAGCAGCUUUUGAGGAUAUUCCCUCCGCCGGUCCAAAAUGGAUGGUAAUCCAGCGUCGAAUCGACGGAACUGUAUCCUUUAACACACUGAACUUUAUGCAUAAAUAUUGGUAUAAACAAGGAUUUGGAAAUCUUGAAAGAGAGUUCUGGUUUGGUUGCCAAAAGCUGCAUGAGUUGACUACAAGCCGAAGACAUGAAUUAUACAUUCAAAUUGCCGAUUUUGACGGUGCUACUGCUUAUGCAAGGUAUGAUAACUUUGUUAUUGGCAGCGAAAACGAAGGAUACACUUUAAGGUCCCUUGGGGCGUACUCCGGUGAUGCUGGAGAUGCCUUGUCGGCAUCUGUGAAUAAGAAAUUCAAGCACAAUGGCUGUUACUAUGGCUGUUAUAACAGAGAGUUUUGUUGGUCUUGGUGGGCCAAUUCUCAAUGCAAUUUAAAUGGUUAUUAUCACUCAUCGCAAAUGAAUCUGACAGACGAGAAUGGUAUUUGGUGGAGUACAUGGAACGGAAGGGGAAGACUUAAUCUCAAAUCGUGUAAAAUGCUCAUCAGGCCAUUCCAAAAUGAAUGAAUCGGAACAAAUU